GCGUCGGGACGCGCCAGAACGCCGCUCGCCAGCGUCCCGACGGCACGUAUCGAGCGUCGGCUACGAUGAAAACGGGUUGUUUCACGAUCGCGCUAUAAUCACGUACCGUCGCGGUGCUACCGACAGUUCCCAGUUUCGGCCGUCGCUGCACACCUUCAGGCAUGGUUUAGCUCGACCCCCGCGAGGUGCGUGCUGGAAAAAUGAGCUUCUUCAACUCGCUGUCGGAGUACGUCAGCAACAGCGUCGCCGGCCUGUCGCUCAGCCCCAAAAGAUUUUCAUUAAGCCGCACGGACACGUCAGAGAGCGGGACCGGCAUGUCGCCUGCGUCCAGAAGCAACUCGGGGGACAGCAACACCCCGGGGUUCCCCAAGGUGGUACCCGCGCCCGGGGCCAGCGCCCUAGUGCAGAGGAGGAGGAGUACGUUGGAUAGCUUGGUGCCGGCGCCUCCGGUACGUAGGCCGGGUUCCUUCAGGCAGAGGUCGCCCAAGGCCGCGCCCGAGAGGCCGUCGACAUUCUGCUGCAGGAGGUCGAGUUGGCCGGAGAUCGACCACCAGGUCAGAUCGGGCGUCCAAGACAUAGACGGCUCGUAUUUCGAGAGUUUCACGGCGCUCGCCUGGAAACAGGAAAAUCAGAGGCAGAGCGUACUUAAGGCGGCAGAGUCAAUCGCGUCCGAACCGCCCCCUCCCGAGGUAGAUCUCGGCAUCAACCCCUUCGAUUAUACGUCGUCCCAGAACGAAAAGGACAAACUCUACGUCGAAAUGCUGUAUACGAUCGCGAACACCGUCGGCGCUCCAGCCCCUGGCGGACAGUACGCCCACUACAAGGAAGAUCUACUGAUGUACGGCCAGAAGGCAUUCCACAUGCCUCCGGACAGGCACUACAGGAUGCUCCACGCCGCAGGGGAGGAGCAGCCUCCCAUAGUUGUCCUCAGCGUCGUCGUCGUCGAGGCCGAAGGCUUGGAGGCGAAAGACGCUAACGGUUUCAGUGACCCCUACUGCAUGCUGGGCAUUCAACCGAUGGCGGCGCCGUCGUCGCCGCAACCCCUAACGUCGAAUCGCACCCUGUCCGACGCCUGUUCCCCCAUGGGGAUCGGGGACGGCAACCACGGGAGCUCGGAAAAGCUCCGCAAACACCACAGCUUCAAGCUGAGUUUCAAGCGGAAAGACGGGCGAGUGCGCGAACACAGGGACAGCCUGGGCAGCGCCCUCCCCGCCAAGUUCAUUAGGGCGACGUCAGUGAAACCGCACACGCUCAAUCCCAAAUGGAACGAAAAGUUCCGAUUCGACAUAGACGACAUCAACAGCGACUCCCUGCACUUGGACAUAUGGGACCACGACGACGAGAGUUCCGUUCUCGAGGCGGUCAGCAAACUGAACGAGAUCAGAGGCGUGCGGGGCCUCGGUCGGUUCUUCAAGCAGGUGUGUCAGUCGGCCCGUCAAAGUUCCCAGGACGACUUUCUCGGUUGCGUCACGAUCCCGCUUCAGGAUAUCCCGUCGACGGGUCUCGAGGGUUGGUUCAAGCUAGAAGCGCGGUCACAAAGGAGUUCGGUCCAGGGACGAAUCCGCCUCAAAAUGUGGCUGUCGACGAGAGAGAACCGGGGUGCUUCCGAAGAGGAUAAUUGGACGGAACUGACACAACACGAGAGUCUGUUCGCUACGUUCAUCGACUACGAGCUGCGCACCUGGAGUAGGGAGACGUGGACGUGGGGCGGCGACCUUCCCGGACCAGCGCUUACGAUUUUACACCAACACGCGGUCCAGGGCGACCUCACGGAACUCCAGACCGCCAUAGCUCGAUUCGUCGCCGCUUCGAAGGUCUACCUAAAGACGCCACUAGAUCCGAAAUGGAUGCUGCAGCUCCUAACGGACGUCGAAAAUGCGUGGAACAAUUUCACGCUCACGCGCGAGGAGGAAAUGUGGCUGGCCGAGAAGUUUACCGCCAUGCAGGAACGAUGGUUGCAACAGUUACGGCACCAUCGUCAGCUGUUUCCGGCGUUGCAUCCUCCCUCUUUGAGCCGACUGGAGUACCUGCUACGGUGCCUCGCCUACGUAGCCAACAUGAAAGCCUUCUGGAAAUGCUGUCCUUUCAACAAGGAGAUCAGAGGUGAAAUUGUGGCUACUCUGCGCAAAGGCACCCCAGAAUGGUUGGCCGCGCUCAAGGCGUCGAUAAUGCCGUCAUCAGACGAGUACGACACUUCAUUUGUGGAUUUCUGCUCUGAGGUUUAUGUCCAGAUGAAACACGGCUUGCACCAUUACCACCCCGUGUUCGAAGGCACAAACGGUAUACCCUACUUCAGCGUCGUGUUUAAACAAAUCGAUAAGCUGAUGGCGGACGAAGUCAUCAAUUUCCUCAAUCAAAAUGAACACCCUGACGCGGCCUACAGCCGUCUGAUCUUCUCAGUAUACAUGGAAGUCAAAGACCUGGCCACCUUCCACCAGAACCUACCCUCCGGAGGUGACCACAAGCUCCUCCUCGUUCGUUGUCACGAGUGGUUCGAGCCCUCGGUCAGCUGCUGGCUCUCCGUUUGCAAGGGCAAGAGCCUGCAGAGAGUGCGAACAGCUACGGAAAUCGAAAAGCCGUGUGAAGGCGACAAGCUGGUGAAGCACAGCUCUUCGGCCGUCGACGUGGUGGCGAUGUUCUGCCAGCUCAGGGACUUUUGGAGGUUGCUGCAGUGGCCCAAGGCGCACUCGGUAUGUCUCCUUUCGCAACUUCUCGACUGCAUAUGCUCGGCGGCGCUGCUGUACGCCGACAUCACCUACCAAGGGCUCAUGGAAACAGGGUACUUCGAUCGCCUGGGACCCUUCCGCGUAUGCGACGAGAUGUGUAUCGCCUCCAACAACCUGGAAUACGUUUACAAGUUCGUCUCUCUAUUAGAAAAUUACUUCGAUUUCGUCACCUUGGAAUCACUCACGUCGGAGAUGCACUUCGCGACGCUCACCAAUCAGCUGGACAGCACUCUAAGCCAGUUUCAAGUGCGUAUAGCGGACAUCCUCAAACGGGUUGGGCCUCAGAUGCAAGAGGCCUUGCGCAAGGCCAUGUUCCACGUCGCUUGGUCGCCGGACACGCUGCCCACUCAGCAAGCGGUAGAUCCGCUCUUCGAUUACCUCCACAAUCACCUGCAGCUAUUAAAUAUGGCGCUACUUCCUCAGAACUUUCAAAAGGUUCUCGCGGAGAUAUGGGAGUAUACGCUCGUCGAGCUGAAUCAUCAAAUGGACGGUGGGGCCACCAGCGACGACCUGCCGGCCAUGUUCCACGAGCGUUUACACUCCGCCCUAGAACUCAUGGUGGACUUUUUCCACGCGGAAGGUCAAGGACUCGGUACCGAGGCCCUACACUCGGCGACCUUCUGUCAAAUAGAGCAGCGGCUGCAGUACCAUCGGACGGACACCGAGAAGCUGAUCGAGAUCUUCUAUGGCCAGAGACUGAUGGACCAGUACAACACCACGUCGGGUCCCUACGGUAGUCUAGCCGUUAGGGCUUACUUUAACCACGACUCGCUGUGUGUGGAGGUGCUGCACGCGAGGGACAUCAUACCGCUGGACCCGAACGGAUUCAGCGAUCCGUUCGUGAUCAUAGAGCUGUUGCCGAAGAAGGUGUUCCCCCACUGCAACGAGCAGCAGACCAACGUCCACAAGAAGACGCUCCACCCGAUAUUCGACGAGUGUUUUGAGUUCAGCGUAUCGCUGGAGCAAUGCAGGUCGCCAGGCGCCAUGAUAGCUUUCACGGUGAUGGACCACGACGUGCUCACCGCCAACGACUUCGCUGGGGAAGCCUUCCUCGCACUAGGGACGAUAUCGGGGGUGGCCGACAACGCCUCCGUGGACAACUUCCACGGCCUGAAACCCGUCGAGCUGGUCCUGAUGCAGCAGCACAACAAAAGUCACCCGAUCUUGCAGAUCCUCGAGUCGAGACUGACCGAUCGCCUAGCGGUAGAGUUCGUCAAAAAGCAGAGACAACGGUUCGCCGUCAAGUAGAUUUCGCGUACUGAAUGUUUUGUACACCAUCCCGUCCUCGCCCCACCCCGCACCCGUAGACCAGAACCCGACCGUCAAAUCCGGGGAGAAUACGACAAAACAAAUGACAAAUCCUAUUAUCUCGAUCGCGCACCCUGCUUAGUUUUCUAACCUCAAUGUUUUACCGGAUAUAUCGUUCGCUUCGGGUGUGACGCGGAUAGGCUCUGGCCCGCGCGAUCCCGCCCACUUCUUCGAGACAAAUGUAUAUGUAUAACCUCUAUUUUUUCUACCGACGAGGCGCCUCCGAGCGCCGCGCACUCGCGUCUGUAAAUACAAUUGUACCUUUGACAUAUAGUCUAUUGUGAUGUUGUACCGCUUCGUUUCAUCGCGCCUAAUUUUUGCAUAUAUUGUAAUCUUCUCGAACGAUCGACAAUCUUUGAGGUUAAUAUCAAUUGGAAUACGGCCAUAUCGAUUUUUCGACCAAAACCGAUAACCCGCCCCCCUUUACUGCAUCCCGUGGCCGCGAAACAGGGUCAGCGGUUCAAUCAGUGGCGUCCGCCGCCGCGUGCUUAUACGUACAAAACCACGCCCACCUUUCGAAUACUAUUAUAAAUUAUGUGACUGUACAAAAUCUGCACAUAUAUAUACGCGUAUAUACAAAAACGAUUUCUAUACUUGCAUUUUUGAUAUACAUCAGUCUAUAUCGCAAAAAAAAACUAGCCGCGAAGACUCCCCCUUCUCCGCAUCUCGACGACAACAGAAAAA